AUGAGCAGCGCAGCAGCUUCUUCUCAACUGAAGUCUAAAGGAAGCCUACCCCAGGUUCUUUCACCAGUGAAACUUCAUUCUACCCUAGGUGCUCAAUCUCCAGGACACAACAGUAUCAGGGUACUUACAAAUGCUGAAAUGAGCAGCUUUGGUUUGAAUCCUGAAGAUACGAUGCCUUUUACACCAGAAGCCAGCCAAACAUCUUGCAGACUCCUGCUGAACAGUACUCAAAUCACAGACAGCCCAAGAAUGAAUGCAACAUCUCAGGUUUCUGAACGAAGCUUGCAUGUCUCUAAUCUCUCUCCUAUUUCUCUUGAAAAGAAUGAUAGAGCAUCAACCCGUUUUUUAGAUGAAAAUGUGCAACCAAGAAUGGAAUGGAUGAGCAAAGCUGUCACACAAUCUCUGUUUCCGCCACUGAAAAGGAAAGUACUUGUAGAUGGGACAGAACAAAGUGAACAGGAGAAAACUGUGUCUAUUAAAGUGCCUGUUUCAAAGAGGUGCAGCUUCCAAACUAGUAUGUCUGAUGAUCCUCCUCUGAUGAUGAAACCAGAGAUCAGCAAACAUCUCAGGCGCUCUCCUGGCCAGAUGUGUAUUUUGGAAAAUGGGCCAAAGGUGGCAAAGAGCAGGUUACCCCUCUCUGUCAAAUACUUUGGUCCUUCUCUCAACAGUGACCAGAUAACUGAAACAUUAGGCAGCAAAACUGCAAAGUCUUCAAAAGGUUCUGAUGUCCCUAGAAAGGAAGCUGUUAAGAACACUGCAAAUGUACAAAGCCCUGUACACCCUCAUGGAACUCCUGUUAGGGAUACUAGCUACUCAUCUACGGAUGGCCAUGAUGAGAACCUGAAAGAGUUGUGGGGGACAUUCAGUGAAAGCCAAGUGGUUCAACCUUUUGGCAAUGUGAGGCCAACGUCUGAUGGUUCUUCAACCAUGGAUCUCUGCUGUGAAAACAGGGGGAGCCGUGGCCAUGUGAGAGAACAGUGGAGGACCUCUUCCAAAGGAGGCUCUUCUGGAGAGAGCAGUGCCAUCAGUGUGGCAGUCAGGGUUAGGCCACUGACCCAAAGAGAACAGCAAGAUGGAACAAAAUGUGUUGUGUCCCUUUCUGGAAAGGAAAUACUGAUGCAUCAUCCUCAUACAAACAGGCAGCUGACUUUCUCCUAUGACUAUUGCUUUGGGUCUCAGAAUCCAGAGGAUAAGGGAUAUGCCAGUCAAGAAGUGGUGUACUGUCUGUUGGCCCAGCCACUUCUAGACAAAGUCUUUGAAGGUUACAAUACUUGUUUAUUUGCUUAUGGACAAACUGGAUCUGGGAAAUCUUACACAAUGACCGGCUAUGCUGAUGAGGUGGGCAUAAUUCCACGAUUUUGCAAGGAAAUAUUCUGGAAAGUAAAUCUGACUCAACAAGAGGAGGUGAAACAUCGCAUUGAGCUGAGUUACUUUGAGGUAUACAAUGAGCGGAUACAUGAUCUCUUAACAUCCUCCAAAGAUGCUAACGCCAAGAAGAAAGCUCUGAAAGUACGAGAACAUCCAAUCCUUGGUCCUUAUGUAACUGGCCUUUCUACGUAAGUAUGUGGUUGGCUCUUUGCAGAUGUGCAGACCUGGCUGGAACUUGGAAACAAGCAGCGAGCCACAGCAGCCACUAGCAUGAAUGAGAGAAGCUCCCGCUCUCACUCUGUGUUCAAACUGGUCGUGGCUCAGACGAAGAGGGAACACCUGGAGGGAGAAGCACAUGACCACAUGAUGGUGAGCCACGUGAAUUUGGUGGACCUCUCGGGAAGUGAGCGCUGCAAUCUGGCACAAACCAGUGGGCUGAGAACGCAGGAAGGUGCUAGUAUCAACAAGUCCCUGCUCACUCUCAGGAAGGUGAUCUCUGCACUAUCUGAAAUGUCCCAAUUCAAGAGAAAGUGCUUCAUCCCUUACAGAGACUCUGUCUUAACCUGGCUUUUGAAGGAGAGCCUGGGUGGUAACUCUAAGACAGCCAUGAUAGCCACCAUCAGCCCAACCGCUGCACACGUCGAGGAAACCUUGAGCAUGCUGCGCUACGCCAGUCAAGCUCGCAGCAUCGUUAAUGUGGCCACGGUCAAUGAGGAUUCCAAUGCAGUGCUGAUCAGAGAGCUGAAAGCUGAGAUUGAGAAGCUGAGAGCUGCCCAGCAGUGCAGUCAAGGGAUUGAUGUGCUGAAAUAUGAAGCUAGUCUCCAAGAAAUCCAGUAUCUGAAAGAACAACUUGCUGAUCGGGAAAGAGAACUGGCAGAAUCACAGAAGUCCUGGCAGGAGAAGCUGGCUUUAGCAGAACAACACAAGAUGGAAGAGGAGCAAGAACUGCAGAAAGCAGGAGUGUGCUUUAAAGUUGACAACUGUCUGCCAAACCUGGUAAAUCUAAACGAAGACCCACAGCUCUCGGAGAUGCUUCUCUAUAUCCUCAAAGAGGGAGAAACCAGAGUGGGGAGUCUUCAUCCAGACUCUGAGCAUGACAUCCAGCUGACAGGCGCACUCAUUUCAGUGGACCACUGUGUCAUCACCAAUGUGCAAGGAGUGGUCACCUUAAGUCCUAUCCCAGAUGCCAGGACCUUUGUGAAUGGAAACCUCCUAGUUGAGGCAGUCACCCUACACCAUGGGGACAGAGUGAUUCUUGGUGGGAACCAUUACUUCAGAUUCAAUCACCCAAUGGAGGUCAAGAAUGGGCGCUGUGCCUCUUUGAUGCCAGCAGGGGGAGCUGAUGGGCUGAGGGACUUUGAAUUUGCUAAAAAUGAGCUAGUUGAAGCUCAGAAGCAGAGAAUUGAAAGGGAGGUAGAGGAAGCCAGACUGCAGGCACAGAAGGAAAUGAUGGAAGAGCUUCAGAUGGCCAAGGAGCUGGCUCAGCAGGAGCUAUGGGCUCAAAGGAGACUUUAUGAGGAUCGCAUCGAACAGCUGGAAGAACAGCUGGCUCAGGAUACCUAGCAAAAACGCAGCAAGUUCCUGGACCUCCUUGAGCAGGAAAAAGAGAAGCUGGCUCAGGAGAUGGAGCUGCUACAGCAGACGUGUGCCACCAAAGAGCAGGAAAGGAAGAUUGUGUCUGCUGAGAGUAAGUGGUAUGACCUACCAGCUAUGAAUGGAGAACCCACAACUGUGUGCAUCCGAGUCACCAACACAAAAUUGGGAAUCUGCACUCUGUGGAAUCUAGAAAAAUUUGAGGAGAGGCUUGUCUCAAUGAGAGAAAUGUAUCAGGGAUCCUAUGAUGGCAACGGAGAUAGCCUCUUUUAUGAUCUGACUGGUACCUGGGAAGCAGUUGUGAAACCUCCAUCACCUAACAGGGGCAGGAGUCCUCUCAGCCGUCAGACAUCAGGAAAGCUACUGGGGAAAGUGCCUCUGGACGCUCCCAUUCAAAAUGCCAGCUGUGCUGCUGUCUGCAAACUGCUGAUCGAUUCAGCAAUGGAGGCUCUUGGAAAGGAGGAGGAAUCUGGCAGCCUCCUCUUAAAGAUGCUGCUGGAUCUGAAAGCAGUACUAGACUCCAGUGCAGCCAUUGCUCAAGCCUGUGAACAGUGUGUCUACAGCACUGCUAUGGUGUCUGAUGAUCGCAGCAUCCAGCCCCACUGCAUCAAGGUUUCCUCCGCAAUAGAUCAGCUAGCAGUCUGUGUCAGGCUUUUGGAGACCUGUGUUCCUUGAUCUGGUGCUCUGAAGGACCAUCUAGAGGCUGAAGUGAAGAAGCUUGGUGGGAAUGUUGCCUUCCUGCUGAACGGCUGUGAAUGUGAAAUUACAUCCAUGAUCCUGGAAUCCAAGGAGCAAAUUGAGCCGUCAGUGAUCGCUGUUGCUAGUUGGCUUGGCCAGCUAAUGGUUGCUGUGGGGCCGGAAGCCAAUCUUGAACGAACUGAGUUCCUCCCAACCAAUGUGACUGAGGCAGUCACUGGAGGGGCAGAGAGCUAUAUUGAUAUGCAGAUUGAUAAGAACACAGAGGAACUCCUGGACCUGCAGCGCCAGAACUUGUCUUCAGGAAAGCAGCUGGCAGAGGAAGUCAGAAGACAGCUCCUCUCAGUUGGAAGCUCUCUGCAGUGUUUUAUAGAGAAAUGCAAAAUAUUCUGGAGGGAAUUUGAAUCUUUCAAAAAACAGAAGUCAGAAAAACCUCCAAGUCUGAGUUUCCAAGAGCGUCUUUCCUGUUAUAAAACUUUAAGCUGUGACUUGAAUGCUCUCCAGGUGGCUUGGAAACAGGCCUCUACAAUUGCUUUGCAGUGUCUGAAAGCAGACCAGGACCCAGACCUAGCAAAGCUGAAGCAAGCCACAGAGACCUUCUCCAAAACUGCUGUGCUGCUUGCCAAGACUUUUGAUGCUUUGUGCAGCACUGCUCAUGCCGAAUCUCCUCAUCAGUCAGUUUACCAACUGGCAGUGGUGACUAAGCAGACCGAAGCAGCUGCCUCCCAGAUCCAUUCUUCUGCUAGAGAUUUAUUGCAACUAGCACAGAGACUGGGGUCUGAUAAUUGCCUUCGUUCCGGGAUGGACGCCCUGAAGAACAAAAGGCAGUUGCCCAUGAAUCCAGGGCCUGACUCAAGCAUUCACUUACGGGGGAGGAGUGGGAACUAUGUGUGUGUUGCUGUAGCAAAGCUGAAUCGAGCAUUAAUCAAAAGAGAACCUCUCCCUUGA